UAAUAAAAAAUUUGUUUGUUCCACAACAACUUGUCCAGUGUCAAAGAUCUCCUCCGCAAAGGUUGCUCUUUUUUCUUAACCGCUAAACCCCUUUUUUUGUUUAUUACUGCCCUCUAAAAACCAACAAAAGAAACCACAUUCACUAUUUCAAACCCAUUUUCACAUUUUAUCUUUCACUUCCGCAUUCUCGUAAUUCUAUCAUAUCAUAUCACACUCUCAAAUGGGACAAGAAUCAGAUUCAAAGGCCAAGUUGGUACUAGAAAUUUGCUCCAUUUCCACACGUUCUGCAUCUUGUGUUCAUAGGAUUCUUUCAAACCCAACCAAUACAACUUUCAUUGAUUGGUAUUGCAUUCUUGGAGUGGAAGAAAAUGCAGGGGUUAAUGCCAUUCGCAAGAGAUAUCAUAAACUUGCAUUGCAACUUCACCCAGAUAAGAACAAACAUCCAAAAGCUGAAAUUGCCUUCAAGCUUGUUUCUGAGGCAAAUGCAUGUUUAACAAAUGCAGCAAAGAGAGAAGCUUUUGACUUUGAGAGGUACAAGCAUUUCUGCAUUGAGUGCAAAAGAAUACCAUAUACAUCAGGAAAUGUUCCUGGAAAUUCCGGCGGUUUGGGUUUCAAGGCAUGGAAUAUUAUCACAAGGUCGAGAUCUUUUAAGCUAUGGAGAAAUAUAAGGGAUAUGAGAGAGAGAUUUAAGGAGGAGGCUAAGGUGAUUGAGAAUUGUUUGAGAGUAAAUUCAAUGUCAAGGACAGAAUCUCCACUCUACAAUCCAACUAGUUAUCUAAAUAGGAGCAAGUCACUGCAUAGAAUUGAGAAAGAAACGCCAGUUUUCAAUCCAUCAGAUUACUUGUACCAAGGCUAUCCUCAUAUGAGGGAUCUUGUUAACAAGAAUUCUUCCACAUUUUGGUACUUGCAGACGACUAGUAUGCUCCACAAUCAAAAAGGAGGAGCCCAGCACAGCUCCCCUGUUUUUGAGGUCAAAUCAAGGAGUAUGUUUACAAGCCAAUUUGCUUUUGUCUCGUCACGAUAUUAGCUUGUAAACAUUUUCAUUACAUUAAAUUAACGCAAUAUGAUUGUGACAUGCUCGCUUCUUUAAAACAUUAAUUACCUUUCAUUUUGAAUGUCA